AUCGGGAGGGGGGGUGAUUUUGGGGAGGGUCGAGGAAGAGGAUGCAAUGAGGCUCCCCCGGACUGGGCGAUUUUGCAGCCUGCCUCCUCCUCCCCUCCUCCCCCCGUUUUGGCUGGCUCGCUUUCCAGUUGCUGCAUGAAGGGCUGUGCUUGUGGCGGUGUAUGCCGGCUCCCGGAGACGUGGCGCACCUCCCUCGGCUGAGCAGGGGAGAGGCUGGGGGAAAGGGAUUUUUUUUUUUACAUGUCACAUUUGUCCUAUUAAAAAAAAAAAAAAAGAAAGCGGGCAGGGCGAGGAAGCCCGAGACAUCCUGGCACGGCGGGAGUGAGUGUGUGUGGGGGGGGGGCGCCCCGCCACCCCGCCGCCCCCCACCGCACCGCAGCGUGCGGGCACCAAGCGCGAUGCGCCCCGGGCUGAGCUCUGCGGAAUAGCGCGGCUGCCGCUCGCUGUCCGCGAGCUGGGGGUGGACGGACCCGACCGCUGGCAAUUCCCCAUUGAUGUCCAUGAAUGCAAACACCAUGAUUUUCAUGAUCCUGGGCGCUUCUAUCGUUAUGAGUUGACCAGAUGCCUUGGUUAUGGGCUCUUACAGGCAAUAGCUUGCUUGAUGGACAUGAAUGCGUUGUUGGACCGAUUUCACAAUUACAUCCUACCACAUCUGAGAGGGGAAGACCGAGUUUGUCACUGCAACUGUGGAAGGCAUCAUGUCCAUUAUGUUAUUCCGUAUGAUGGGGAUCAGUCAGUGGUGGACUCCUCGGAGAAUUACUUUGUGACUGACAAUGUAACCAAGCAAGAGAUUGAUCUGAUGCUGGGACUUUUGCUGGGCUUUUGUAUAAGCUGGUUUCUGGUAUGGAUGGAUGGGGUUCUCCAUUAUGCAGUACGAGCCUGGAGAACUAGCCGACGGUAUGACAAUUCCUGGUCUUGGAUUCCGAAAUUUUGUAACUUAAAGGAGUUCAGGAAACGUCACCACAGGCAGUACGAGGAGGCAACUGGGAACAUGGUGCACAUCAAACAGAAGCUGUAUCAUAAUGGGCACCCUAGCCCCCGGCACCUCUGAGGACUGCCUUCUCCUCCAGAGACUACAGUGAGAUUUUAAAAAGGACUUUGCUCUUCUUCCACGGGAACAGCUGUGAGUUUGCUCCUCUGUGGAAGCCAGCGGAGGACAUAAUUUUAUUUAUCCAUCCUGUGUGUCCCUGUGGCACACCAUGAUGCACAACUAAGCCAAUCCUGGAUACUACGCAGCCAAGACAUUGCACUGUGUUCCACAUUUUAUUGUCAGACUUGUGUAUAUAUGUAAAAAGCAAACAAACGAACAAAAAAAAAAAACAAAAAAGAGAA